GGCCUUACCUCUAGGAUAUCGACUAAGCCAUAUGUCUAACGCUGAGAAUGGAGAAUGCCCUUACUGUCGGGGGACGUUGCAGACAAUAGAACAUUUUACAGUAGAAUGUAAUCAAAGUCGACGAAUUUGGAACGUGUUAUACUCUAGCAUACCCGCAUUGGAAAAUAUAUCUCCACCAAAUUCCUUUAAGGAAGUGAUACAGUCUAGCAGUAGAGCGGAGAAUAAUCUGAGGCCUGCAAUUAGAUGGUUACAUGUCUUCGGUGUCUAUGAAAUAUGGUUUUACUAUACACAAGCCAAGUGA